AGCGAGCACAGCUAUUGCGACACUCAAAGGGUUGGCGGUACUCCAUUCGAGACCACCACCAGGCGAAAGAACGAAAGGGGAAAAGAAGAAAAAUCAAUUAUAAAAAAAGAAGGCGACGGGGAAGAUUGAUAGAGAGCGAGAGGCGAUCAAGAACAACGGCAAUAAAAGGACAAAGGCAACUGAAAGAGUGGUCGCGUCUCUUCUUCCGUUUUUGGCGAACUGUUAACCGUGCCCGUGCGCCUUCUCUGCACCUGACGUAUCUACCUGGCGUUUUGGGAGGAGUGUGGAAGAGCUGUUUUUGCCGCCUUCCGCACACGCGCAUCGUUGCAACGGACGAGCGCCUCUUCGUUUCCGUUUGACUUGGAUUUUACUUUCUGUGUGUUUGCUUGCAACUGCAGUUGCGGACUGCACAGCUGCUCUUGUGUGCUUUCUUUCCUCUUUCUCUCUUGGGACAACAGGAAAGCGAAAGAGCUCUUUUUUCUUGGAUCUACGUCGGGCAGUCGAUUUUGUUUUCUUCCGCGGUUUCGGCGCUGUGCGUGCUGGCUGGCUUUGCUCUCUUUUUCAAGCUCUUCAAGGAAUUCAACCUCACGACCGUUGACGCUGAACUCGUCCUUCUCGGUUCUUCUUACCACACACACACACACGCCGAAGGAAGGAAAGAAAGCAUUGUGCAGCAACACCACAAGUAUGUUGCAGAGUAGUAACAACGAUGAGUACGCGAGGCAGAGGGCAGCCGGUGAUAAUCCGAACCCCACUUCCUCCCCACAAGGCUCACCCGGCCGCAUCGGCCUCGCGUACGCGGCUCUUACGCCGGAACGAGAAGCCGCCCUGCAGGCGAAGGGCCGGCAGCUUCUCGAGGAGCAUCGCCGCGAAAGCGGGGGCGGCUCAACGUACAGCCCAGAAGAGAAGGAGGCGCUGCAGCAGCGCGGGAUGGAGUUGCUGCGCGCUGCACGGGAGGAGGCUGCGGCAAACAAGGGACAGCACGUGCCGGCGCCCCUGCUGAGCGCCGCUGCUCGUGUGGCCGCCGCGACAACGGCCAUUCGACGACGUGAAGACGAAAACGCGAAGGACGGCGGUAGCACCCACAGCAGCAGUGAUGAUGAUGUUGACGAAGCGGUGCAGGAACACGGCGCAACCCAUCUCGACUCAUCGCAGGUGGCCCAGGCCGCACCCGCGUUGGCGCACUCCCCUCCACAGCAGGGUGAAGCGAACCACACGGCUGGGAAAGGAGUGGACACGGGGGCGGCGCCCACGGCAGAUGUGCAGGGGCUGAUCGCGGAGGUGGGGCGACUGCAGCGACUCGUGGCGGCGCAGCAGGACGAGCUCUCCGCCGCGCAGGCCUCCCCGACCGCAUCGCCGGAGGCGUUCACAAAAGCGCAGAUGGACGCUGCCCGACAGGAAUUGAUCCAGCAGUUUAACGAACACAUGGCGCAGUGCGAGCAGGCGAAUCAGGACUACUGGGCGCAGGUGUCGGCGGAUCAUCGGCAGGAGGUGGACACACUGCGUCAGGAGGGCGAAGCGCUGAGACGGCAAAUGGAAAGCCUACAAACACCGCAAAAGACCGAAGGUGAGAUCGAGGCCGAAGCCGCCGCCGUCGCCUCGUUGCAGCAAGCCGUGGCCGUGCUGAAGCAAGAGUUGGAUCGUGCGCAGCAGGAGUGCACCGCAGCCCAUCUCGCACGCGAGGCGGCAGAGCAAGUGGUUGGAUGUUUGACGGAGCGACUGCAGGAACAGGCGAAUGAAAUGACACAGUUGCAAAGCGAAUUGUCAGCGGCCACCGCCGCCGUUCAGGCAGCGCGUGAGGAGGCGGAGAAGGCGGCGCAGGCGGAUAGUGCAGAGCUGCAAUCCAUGCGUGAGCACUUGCUUGAACUGGAGAGAGCCUACCAUGACCUGCAAUCCAUGAAUGCGGAGCUGCAGGCUUCGAACGCGAAGCUGGAGGCUGCUCAGACUGCCGCUCCUGCUCCUGCGCCACCCGCACCCGCACACGAUGCGGCAAAUCCCUUUGCCGAUGCGGACGCGGAGGACCCCUUUGGUGCCCCGUCGCAUGCCGCUCCUACUUCUGCUGCGACUGCUGACGACAGUGAGCUGCAGGCAUCACGCAAGCGCAUCGCUGAGCUGGAGGCUGCAAAUGCCGAGUUGCAAUCCAUGAAUGCGGAGCUGCAGGCUUCGAACGCGAAGCUGGAGGCUGCUCAGACUGCCGCUCCUGCUCCUGCGCCACCCGCACCCGCACACGAUGCGGCAAAUCCCUUUGCCGAUGCGGACGCGGAGGACCCCUUUGGUGCCCCGUCGCAUGCCGCUCCUACUUCUGCUGCGACUGCUGACGACAGUGAGCUGCAGGCAUCACGCAAGCGCAUCGCUGAGCUGGAAGCUGCACUCGCCGAGGCUGCGGCAGACCAGGAGAGAUUGCAGGAGGACAUGGAAGACAAGGAACGCUUGAUUCAGGCCCUCCGCGCAGGGGAGGCGGCGUUGGGCUCGCUGCCGGCGGACGCACUUGCCACCGACCAUGGCUGGGGCAUCACCCUCCCGUCAGAUUCGGUCGACGGCACGCCCGAUGACGGUGCGGGGUCGCUCUGUCGGUCGCCGGACACGCUCUCCGGUCUGCGCGCCCGCGUGGAGGAGCCGACGGGGCAGCUGGAGGAGGAGCGUCGUGCCUGCCGACAGGCUCAGCAGCAGCAGCAAGUAGCGUCGACACAGACCAACCCGCCCGCCCCGUUGUCGCAGAUGGUGCCCGGGAUGGAGGAGCUGGGCCGUCAGUAUGCGGACUUCCAACACCGCCUCGCCAUCGCCGAAGAUGCGCAAGCAGCGUCGGAGGAGGAGGUGCGGCUCCUACGCGAGAGUAGCGCAGUGCACACCAGCCUGGAGGCCAACGGCAACGACGCACCGGCAUCACCUCCGCCAACCUCAGCACGGGUAACGCAAGUUCUACCGGCACAACCGAGUGGCUCCUCCUCUUCCGCUGCCGUUGGGGUCAACCCUUUUGCAGACGCCGUUGCGAGCGACGAGGACGUAGAGGCCCACGGGGUGGCCACGACGGUGCGCGGAGGGCGCGGCACAUACGACAGCAUCGGCCUCAACCCCGACAGCAACCACCACCAAAAUAACCUCUCCCCGCUGCGUCCACCGCUGUCUGAAGAUGACGACAACCGCAACACGCCCGAGACACAGGUGUCGUUUCACAUGGGCCACGACAGCGGUGCCGCACACGAGACGGGUGGGCUGGUGAGCGACACCGUUUUUGGCGAUGCAGCGGAUGUGCGGUGUGCGCCGGCGGCGGCGGAGCCCUUUGCCGGUGAUCCCUUCUCUACCCACAGCAGGGAGGAGGAGCAGAGUGAGACGCAAACCACCUCCGCUGCCUCACGCGGCGAUGAAGUGGUCCGUCGUUCCCCGCGCGAAAGUGGCGAGCUGCUCGACGAGGAGGAGGACACGACGGAGGACGUGGAUGCGUCCGUCAGCACACGCGUAACCGCCGCUCGCGGUCGCGUCCCGCCGGUGCCCACCAGCAAGGUGGAGGACAGCGGGGCAGCGAUGCAGGAACUGGGGAGGCAAUACGCCGAGGCCCAGCACCGUCUUCUGCGCUCAGAGGAAGCUCGUCAGGGUCUCGAGCAUGAGGUGGCGGAUCUGCGGCAGUCGCUGGAGCAGCUGCAGGCCCAGGUGCACGCACAGGCGGCCGUAGCAGACGCUGACGCAGCACCAAGCGAUCACUCCCAUGUACACUUUCAUCGUGAUAACGACGACGAUGAUGAUCCGCAUCCUACUUCGCACUCCGACAGUACACACGAGGGGCACAUCGGCAACGGGUUGGCGGGGGAUGGGGGCGACUCGGAGGACGAGGAGGAGGCGACGCGUACCGUGACGACGUCCUUCGCCUCGUCGGUGCCCACGGCGGCACAAGAGCAGUCAUCCAACCCGUUUGCACCGUCGUCCCUGCCGCCGCCGCCGCCGCACCACGCGGACGCGGACGACGAUGCGUUGCUCGGCCCUCCCGUGGCCACCGAUGCCGUGUUUGUGGAGCGCGACGGGGCGGAACGCGAUCAUGAAGGAGCCGAGGUGAUUGUGGCGGACCAGGAGGCGGAUAGGGCGGUCAAGGAAGAAGACGCUGCUGGUGUGACAGUCUCCCUCUGCAAUCGUAUUGCAGAGCUGGAGGCGGAGUUGAAGACUGUGUCGGCGAAUCACGAAGAGGAGCUGCAAGCCUUGGCGGAUGCCGCGGCGGAUCGCAUUGCGGCUUUAGAGCAAGCGUACGCAGCUGCUGCUACGCCCAUGAGAGAAGCAGAUAAGGAAGACGAUGAAGUCUUUGGCAAUGACGGCGAUGUCACAGAAUCGCAGCAGCAGUCACAACACCGCCAGAACGACCCCGCUGCCGCUGCCACAUCCUCCUUGUCGAUGUCCGCUGACCCGUCACCUUUCUCCAUCGCACAAGCUGUGGCUGCAGCCCGUGCGGAAUGGGAGAAAAGUCUGGAAGAAGAGCGCCAAGAGCAUGCGCAGCUGCUGCACGAGGUAGACGCGCUGAAGGUGGAACUGGAGGAGCUGAAGGUCGCCCACGAGGCGGAGUUGGCGGCGCUGUCGGCCGAAUGCAACCGCGAAAUCGAGACGCACGACGAGUUGCUGCGGCAGCGCCUGGAGGAGCAGGAGGAGUCCUUUGAAGCUGCCAUUCAGCAGCUCGAUCAACAACAUCAAGACCAGCUGCGCGUACUGGUGGCAUCAGCUGAAACUGCCUUGCCCACCGUGCGAGAGGACGACGCUGCCGAUGCGGAGGAUAACAAAAACAACAAUGAUGCCGGCCAUCAUCAGCAGGCUGAAACGGCGGAGUACUGGAAAGAACAGCAUGACACUCUGCAGAGGCGCUUUGAUCAGCUGCAGCGCGACUACGACGACUUUGUGCAAGACACCGCCGCCCUGCAACGCCGUUUGGGCGAACAGCAAGCGGCGCAGCAGGAGCAGGCGCAGAGCCGCACUACACGCGAUGCUGCGGCGCAGCAACUCGCGACCCUGCAUGAACGAUUGGCAGAUAUGACGCACCUCGUCGAGGCAGCGCAGGCGGACGCGCAGGCCCGCUCGACGGAGCUGCGUGAAGCCACUGCACAACACACGGCGACGGUGACGGCGCUGAAGGAGGAGCUGACGCGUCUGCGCACGCAGGCGCAGUCCUCGCACGAUGAAAUUGCCAAGCUGCACGGCUUGAAUGAGGAGCUGUCGGAGCUGCUGCAGCAGGGUGCGACAGGCGUCGAGGCGGCCCUGCGUGACCGGGAUGCGCAACUCAGCUCUCUUGAGACGCAGGUGCGGGAUCUGAAGCAGCAGCUGGCCGCGUCAGGCGAUCGCCUGGCGGAGCGGCAGGUGUUCGCGCAGGAGCAGCGUGACGCCUGCGAUAAGCUCCAGCAGGAGGUGGAGGAGUUGAAGGCGUCGAAUCGCACGCUGGGGGCGCAGCUGCGGGAGAUCAAGCGCAUGUCUGAGGAACAGUGUCGCGUGGCCGCGCAGGAGGCAGAGCGUGCUGCACGGGACGCAGCGGAGACCCGCGCUGCUGCCCAACAAGCCCUGACCGAGCAGCACACCACCCAUCAACACGACAUCGCUGCUCUCCAGACACAGCUGGACGAUCUGCGCGGUGAGUUGGAGGCGGCGCAGACCGUCGCGGCCACUGUGCCUCUCGAGGCGCAAAAGCACCAGCGGGACUUGGAGGCGGUGCGGGCGCGGCUGACGGAGGCGCUGCGCAGCCAGCAGGAGCUGCAGCAACAGCUGAAGAGCAGCCGGACAGAGGUGGAGCGGCAGCGGCGGUUGCUGCGCGGCGUCAACGCGGACGGCAGCGAGGUGAGCGCCUCAUCAGCCGACGGCGGCGGCGGCGGCGUGCCAGCGGGUGUGUCGGACGCGCGUGUGAACGUGCUGCUGCGGAACGUGGAGGAGCUGGAGGCGAAGCUGCAGGAUGCGUCAGCGGAGCGGGACGGCCUCCAGCAGGAGUGCGACCGCGUCGCGAUGCAGCUGAAGAGCGCCGCACGCGUGGCGGAAGUAAAGGAGCAGGCGAUGCGACGGCAGGAGACGGAGCUGCGCAGCCUACGUGGACAGCUCGCCACGAUGCGGGAUGACUUAGGUCAGCGUGUGCAGUCGAACCACGCCUUGCAGCUGGAGAUGGACCACCUGCAGGAGCGUGUGGAGGACUUGGCAGUGGCGAACGCGGAGCUGCAGGAGCAGCACAGCGCUAACGUGGAGAGCCACACGACACAGGAGCACGCCGAGGCCCUUCUCUUUGCCAAGGCGAUGACGAUUCCGCGCGCAUUGGAGGACCACGUCAGCGAGCUCUACGCCGCCUACCACGCCCUGCUGCAGCUGACCAGCAAAGACCGCGCGUAUGUCUACGGCCGCUGCGACACGAUCGAGAAGGCGGCCGGCGAGGCCAUGGCGGAGGCCGAGGCACAAAACAACGCCUACGAAGUCGCCCUGACGGACGCGCAGGAGGAACAGCAGCAGCUGAAGGAGAUCAUCGAGCACGUGGAGGAGGCGCUGCACAAGACCGAGGACGCGGCGGCGACGGCGGUGGCGGAGGCGAAGGCGGCGAAGGAGGAGUUGGAGGCUGUGCAGCGUCAAGCACGCGAGGACGUCUUCCAGGCGCAGCGCGACCUGCAGGUGGCGGAGCUGCAGCACGCCGACACGCUGCACUCGCUGUCCCUCCUGCAAGACGAGGUGACGAACACCGCCGCGCUCAUCAAGAAUCAAAAGGCGACCUAUGAGCGGCGGGAGGCGGAGCUGGCGGCGCAGGUGAGUCAGCUGCAGGCGGAGACCGAGGCCCGCAAGACGUCUGCACGUCUGCUGCAGCAAAGCACCGAUGAGGCGCUCAAUGAGCUGCAGGACUUUGCCGAGCAGGCAGGACAGGAGCGUGACCAGGCGGUGCGGGAGACACAGGCCCUUCGUGCGCAGCUGGAGCGCGCACUGCCGCGUCUCGCACAGCUCGAGGAUGAGCAGGCGCAGCGCACCGCAGACCUCAUGGACACCGCCCAGCAGCUCUCUGCCCUGCACAAGAAGUCCUCGUCGACCGAGGAGGUGUCGCGUAAGCACAUCGAGGAGCUGAACCAGACACUAGCGGAGCUGCUGCACGCACACGCAGUGUUGCAACGCACGCACACCACGACCGAGGCCACCGCGGAUCGUCUUAAGACGCAGCUAGAGACGGCGACGCAGGAGCUGACGCGGACCUCGGCGAAGGCGCGCCAACAGGAGGAGGAGGCGACGCUCCUGCGUGACCGGCUGCAGGAGGUCGAGACGCGCACGAGCCAAAUCAUCUUGGAUGACCAAGCACGUCUGCACGACGCGGAGCGCCGCAUUCAGGGCUUCGAGCAGCGCAACGCCGCCCUCCAGAAGGAGUGCAAGUCCCUGCAAGAGGCACAGCAGUCCCUGCGCGUGGAGUUGGAGAGCACCGCCGACGCCCUGCAGCGCACGACCGAAACGUCGAAGGCGCAGGAGCAGCAGCAGAAUCAUCAACUCCGCCUCUUGCGCGAGCGCGCCGACACGUUAGAAGCGGAGCGGCAGGAGCUGAUGACAUCGGAGCAGGCCAUCACGAAGGAGCGCGACGCCUGCCAGCGAGAGAUACUGCAGCUGCAGCACAGGAUGGAACUCCUGCAGCACCACCUGGGCGACGCCAACGAGCACAACGACACGCUGAAUCAUGAAUUGGUGGAACUCAAGACGGAGCACGCCACCGAGUUGGACCGGCUGCGCGUGGCGAUCACCGACGCCCAGAAGGAGCUGGCGAAGUGCCGACAGCUGCUGGCGGAGGCGGAGUCCCGCCAGGUAGAGCAGGAUGGCGCCCACUACAGCCUCACGACGGAGAUGAACGUGCUGCGGGAGGAGCUCAAGUCCGCACGGGUGCAGGCAGAGAAGGCGAUGCAGCAGUAUCAGAAGGAAAAGGCGGAGCGAGCGGAGUUGGCGGCGCUGCUGCAGGCGCAGAUCGCACAACUCCACGAGGAGCUGCGCAGCAAGCAGGAGCAGCUGCGGGGCGUGGAGAGCACCGCGGCGAGUCAGGCCGAAACGAUCAGCGUGCUGCGGCAGGACGUCGCGGAGGCGAGCGAGCGGCUGCGGCACACCCGGAAAGAGCUGCUGGAUGUGCAGGAGGCCGCCAACGCCGCUAAGGAGCAUCACCGCCGCGACCGCUACGAGCUGCAGUCGAAGCUGAACAACGCUGAAGACACGCUGGCGGAGCUGCAGCGGCAGCACGAGCAGUACCGCGGCCGCAUGACGACGAAGGCGGAGCUGUACGAGGUGGCCGAGCAGGCUCUGCGGGCGGAGGUGACGGACCUGCGCGCGGAUGUCGCUCGGCUGGAGGAGGCCCUCACGGUGUCCACGCAGGGCAAGGCGGCUGUCGAGGACGAGAAGUCCCGCCAGGCGCACUCCAUCAAGGCGGUGGAGUCGGAGGUGCAGACGCUGCGGGCACAGACGGCGGCGGACAUGACGGAGCUGACGGCGCUGAGGGUGCAGCUACAGCAGCGCACCGCCGAGGUGGACCGCACCCGCCGUGAGGGCGCUGCGCAGCUGGCCGGUGAGAAGCUGAAGUGGGAGGCCGAGCAUGCUGCCGCCUGCGACGCGCUGGAGGAGGCGCUGCGGAAGGCGCAGCAGGCGGCGAAGGAUUCCCGGGAGGCCCGGGAGCACGCGUUGGCCACGCUGGACCGCAAGCAGAAGGAGGUGACGGCGGUGGAGGAGGAGUGUCGUGCGCUGCGAGUGCGCGUGCGACAGCUGCAGCGGCGCGUGGAGGCGGCGGGGUAUCAGCUGGCGGCGCUGGAGGGCAUGGCGAAGGACUCCGCCGCCGAUCUGGGUGUGUCCUUGGGGGAGUUGGUGGGCGGCACCAUCACGGAUGACAGCAACCUAACGGCGCCGGAGAUUGCGCUCGACGCCAGCAGCAUCACCAGUGGUGGCGCUUCUUCCUCUCCGGGUGCUGGUGCUGGUGCUGGUGCUGGUGCUGCUGCGGCUGCCGCGGUGCAGGCAGUUCUCGAUGAGCUCGUGCGUCGGCUGAACGUGUACACAUUUGCGGCGAACACGCUGGACAUCGAGGAUGCCCAGCUGGCUGCGCUGUUGCACGCGUUGGAGCAGCAUCAAAACUCCGUGGACGUGCUGACCGAGGUGAGCAGCGGCGAGGACGGCGGUGGUGGUGUCGCAGCGAGCUACAGCAGCGGCGUCACACCGAUGCGUGACGGCGGUGCAGCGCUCGGCCUCAACACCACACCGGCGGCGCGCGGGGGCCCCGUGAACAGCCACGGCGGCAAAGCCAGCGGUCACGGUCUGCCUGCGCGUUCGCUGACCGCAGCGCAGCAGAUUGCGGUUCAGCAGAUCAGCCAAGCCAGCUCCACCUUUGUACACCGAGUUGAGGACCACGUGCGCACCGCCCAGCAGAUGCUGCGCGCGGUCGUCAUGGCCGUCGGCGCACAGGAGGUGGUGGCCGGCAGUGCCGCUGCGCCAGACUCGAGCCUCAACACGCGCCCGUCGACGGUGGCCCUCUCUACACGACACAAAUUGCAGGUGGCGGCGACCAUCGCAGAGCUGCACCGCCGUACCGCUACGCUGACUCGCGCGGUGGAUCGCGUGACGGAGAGCAUCGUGGGGUCGCCCACGUCGACGAACUCCGCCAGUGCCGGCGCUCCUGCUGCUGCCGCGAAUCUGCAAGCCGCGCUGCAAGAGCUUCGGCGGCUGUUCGCAGAGGCAGAGCGUCAUGCGCUGCUGCCCUUCAACGAGCUUCUGUGCUCCUCCUCCGCUGCUGCUGCCGCCGCUGGUGAGGCGGGCAGUGCACCUGCGGGGACGGGGACGGCGUCGGCCGCGGGAGAAGCCUCGUACGGUGCACGUGGACGGCAGGGCAAGGGGAAGCGCACGCCUCCGAGGACACAGCCCCAGCCGCCGCUGCCGGCGACAGGGCGCCGCUCGCCUGUUCCUGUAUGGGACGCACGACGCGCACCAGUGGAGGCUUCUCCGACACCGAUGCGCGAUGAGACACAGCAAGCUCCUCCGUCGAUGGGUGACGUCGCCAUCGUUUCCGCGCCGUCGCCGAUACCCCCGGAUGAGGGAGUAAAGUGGCUCUAA